AAAGCGUGUAUCUUAAAAAUAUUUCUUCUGGUCACAUUCUGACAAGUAAAGUUGUUUGUUUCAGCUGUUUCGUGUUCGAGUUUUGGAAAAAAUAAAAUUUUUGCAAAAUGAAGGUCAUCUACAACACUUUGUUCAAGCGCACAUCCACCUACGCAGUGGCCAUCAUCGCUUCGGCCUUCUUCUUUGAGCGCGCCAUCGAUGUCAGCUCCAACGCGAUCUUCGAUUCCAUCAACAAAGGCAAACAAUGGAAGGACAUCAAGAGCAAAUAUGAAUAGACAUGCUAAAGAACGCUAGUUAUAAAUAAAACAGUUAUGAUGUUUCAUUGUAAUUAACAUAAAAAUGCGACGUUUAUUGUAAACGUAACGAAA